GCAAAUUUCUAUAAAUACUCGUACUACUAUCUUUAAACGUCCACAAUCUAAAUCAAUAUCGUUCCCCUGCUUCAUAAAUGAAGCCCUAUGUAGUUUCUAUUCUUUCUUUUUCUCUCCUCUUCCUCUCUCUAGCUCCUCCAACUCUCUCAGAAAGAUGCAACCCCAAUGACAAACAAGCUCUUCUAGAAAUCAAGAAAGGCCUAGGAAAUCCCUAUGACUUGAUCACAUGGGAUCCCAAAACCGAUUGUUGUGAUGAUUGGGCCCAAUCCACUCUUUCUUGUGAUGAUGAGACCAACCGUGUUACUUCCCUAACCCUCUUCAAAAUUGAUGACGCCGGCCACCUCUCGCCGACCGUCGGAGACCUGCCCUAUCUCCAAAGUUUGGACAUCACCAAGGUAGGAAAUCUCUCAGGUCCAAUUCCAGCCACUAUUGCCCAUCUCACGUAUCUCAUAUUCUUAAGAAUCACUAAAACAAACAUUUCAGGACCUGUCCCUGAAUUUCUUGGUAAGUUGAAAAACUUAACAUACAUCAACUUGUCAGACAACAAUCUCGAAGGAAGUAUCCCACCUUCACUUUCCCAACUGUCAAAUCUUUCGUACCUUCGUUUAGACAGGAACAAACUCACUGGAACAAUCCCAGAAUCAUUCGGCAAUUUCGCCCCGAAACUCGAGUUUCUUUACUUAGGUCAAAACAAACUCAGUGGAGUUGUACCGAGAUCUUUUGCUGGUUGGAGCUUUGAGACACUUGACUUGUCAGGAAACAAGCUUGAAGGAGAUAUUUCUUUCUUGUUUGGAAAUGAUUCGAAUACAUUUCAAUUAUAUUUGUCUCGGAAUAAGUUUGAGUUUGACUUCUCAAAGCUAAAGUUUGGGAAGAAGUUAGUGAGUUUGGUUCUGAACCACAACAAUAUUUAUGGGAGAUUUCCUGCUGGGUUCGCAAAGAGACCAUGGCAGGAGUUCAAUGUGAGUUACAACAGUCUAUGUGGGAAAAUUCCACAGGGAGGGUAUAUGAUCAGGUUUGAUCUCUAUUCAUAUAUCCACAACAAAUGCUUGUGCGACUUUCCGUUGCCCCCCUGUAAAUUAUGAUGAUCGACUCGGCCAUUUGUUAAGGUGGUCCGACAUCAUAUAUCUAUAUUGUAUUUUACCUUUUCUCUUGGAAUGUCAAUAUGUCAGCAAAUUUAAGAUAAGGUUGCCAGGGCAUCGACAUGUGCUUUAUAAGAUAAGAGUUUUGGGUUAGCAGUCCGAUAUAGUUUCAGCACCAAAGCAUCAAGCAUGUCACGAUAAAAUCAUAAUUUUUAAAGGGAUAUUUGCACAAAUAUACUGCCACCAUAAUACAUUGGA